UACUCUCGUAGCGACGAGACCUUUCGAGAUCUUCUCCGCCCCCGCUACCGGCGCCCAGGCUGCGGCCGCUGAGCCGGAGCCGGCCUGGGUAGUGUCCUCUGCUGCGGCCCUCCUUCCAAGAACCUAGGCGCUUGCGUGGCCCUCCGCACGUCUCCCACUAGCCCCAGUUCCCUGUCCCACGCGGCCCGCUUUACGCGCGCCAGCCCCGCCGGGGUCCGUGUCUUGUCUUGCUGGCCGGACCCGGGCUCGAGCCUGAGCUGUAGCCGGCGCCAUGUCGGUGGUGGGCAUAGAUCUGGGGUUCCAGAGCUGCUACGUCGCUGUAGCCCGCGCCGGCGGCAUCGAAACGAUCGCUAAUGAAUACAGCGACCGCUGCACGCCGGCUUGCAUUUCUUUUGGUCCUAAGAAUCGUUCAAUUGGAGCAGCAGCUAAAAGCCAGGUAAUUUCCAAUGCAAAGAACACAGUCCAAGGAUUUAAAAGAUUCCAUGGCCGAGCAUUCUCUGAUCCGUUUGUGGAGGCAGAAAAAUCUAAACUUGCAUAUGAUAUUGUGCAGUUGCCCACUGGGUUAACAGGUAUAAAGGUGAAAUACAUGGAGGAAGAGCGAAAUUUUACCACGGAGCAAGUGACUGCCAUGCUUUUGUCCAAACUGAAGGAGACAGCAGAAAGUGUUCUUAAGAAGCCUGUCGUGGACUGUGUUGUUUCGGUUCCUUGUUUCUAUACUGAUGCAGAAAGACGGUCAGUGAUGGAUGCAACACAGAUUGCUGGUCUCAAUUGCCUUCGAUUAAUGAAUGAAACUACUGCAGUUGCUCUUGCAUAUGGAAUCUAUAAACAAGAUCUUCCUGCCUUAGAAGAGAAACCAAGAAAUGUAGUUUUUGUAGACAUGGGGCAUUCUUCUUAUCAAGUUUCUGUAUGUGCAUUUAAUAGAGGAAAACUUAAAGUUCUGGCCACUGCAUUUGACACAACACUGGGAGGCAGAAAAUUUGAUGAGGUGCUAGUAAAUCACUUCUGUGAGGAAUUUGGGAAGAAAUACAAGCUAGACAUAAAGUCCAAAAUCCGUCCAUUAUUACGACUGUCUCAGGAGUGUGAGAAACUCAAGAAAUUGAUGAGUGCAAAUGCUUCAGACCUUCCUUUGAGCAUCGAAUGUUUUAUGAAUGAUGUUGAUGUAUCUGGAACUAUGAAUAGAGGCAAAUUUCUGGAGAUGUGUGAUGAUCUCUUAGCUAGAGUGGAGCCACCACUCCGUAGUAUUUUGGAACAGGCCAAGUUAAAGAAAGAAGAUAUUUAUGCAGUGGAGAUAGUUGGUGGUGCAACACGAAUCCCUGCAGUGAAAGAGAAGAUCAGCAAAUAUUUUGGUAAAGAACUUAGUACAACACUAAAUGCCGAUGAAGCUGUUACUAGAGGCUGUGCAUUGCAGUGUGCAAUCUUAUCGCCUGCUUUCAAAGUCAGAGAAUUUUCUAUCACUGAUGUAGUACCAUAUCCAAUAUCUCUGAGAUGGAAUUCUCCAGCUGAAGAAGGGUCAAGCGACUGUGAAGUCUUUUCAAAAAAUCAUGCUGCUCCUUUCUCUAAAGUACUCACAUUUUAUAGAAAGGAACCUUUCACUCUUGAGGCCUAUUAUAGCGCUCCUCAGGAUUUGCCCUAUCCAGAUCCUGCUAUAGCUCAGUUUUCAGUUCAGAAAGUCACCCCUCAGUCUGAUGGCUCCAGUUCAAAAGUGAAAGUCAAGGUUCGAGUAAAUGUCCAUGGCAUUUUUAGUGUGUCCAGUGCAUCUCUAGUGGAAGUGCACAAGUUUGAAGAAAAUGAGGAACCGAUGGAAACAGAUCAGAAUGCAAAGGAGGAAGAGAAGAUGCAAGUGGAUCAGGAGGAACCACAUGUUGAAGAGCAACAGCAGCAGACACCAGCAGAAAAUAAGGCAGAGUCUGAAGAAAUGGAGACCUCUCAAGCUGGAUCAAAAGACAAAAAGAUGGACCAGCCCCCUCAAGCCAAGAAGGCAAAAGUGAAGACCAGUACUGUGGACCUGCCAAUUGAGAAUCAGCUGUUAUGGCAGAUAGACAGAGAGAUGCUCAACUUGUACAUUGAAAAUGAGGGUAAGAUGAUCAUGCAGGAUAAACUAGAGAAGGAGAGGAAUGAUGCUAAGAAUGCAGUAGAAGAAUAUGUGUACGAAAUGAGAGACAAGCUUAGUGGUGAAUAUGAGAAGUUUGUGAGUGAAGAUGACCGUAACAAUUUUACCUUAAAACUAGAAGAUACUGAAAAUUGGUUGUAUGAGGAUGGAGAAGACCAGCCAAAGCAAGUUUAUGUUGAUAAAUUGGCUGAAUUAAAAGAUCUAGGUCAGCCUAUUAAGAUGCGAUUCCAGGAAUCUGAAGAAAGACCAAAAUUAUUUGACGAACUAGGGAAACAAAUCCAACAGUAUAUGAAAGUAAUCAGCUCUUUCAAAAACAAGGAGGACCAGUAUGACCAUUUGGAUGCUGCUGAGCUGGUGAGGGUAGAAAAAAGCACGAAUGAGGCCGUGGAGUGGAUGAAUAACAAGCUGAAUCUGCAGAACAAGCAGAGUCUGACCAUGGAUCCAGUUGUCAAGGCAAAAGAGAUUGAAGCUAAAAUUAAAGAGCUGACGAGUAUCUGUAGCCCUAUAAUUUCAAAGCCGAAACCCAAAGUGGAACCUCCAAAAGAGGAGCAAAAAAAUGCAGAGCAGAAUGGACCAGUGGAUGGACAAGGAGACAGCCCAGGCCCUCAGGCUGCUGAGCAGGGUACAGACACAGCUCUGCCUUCGGAUUCAGACAAGAAGCUUCCUGAAAUGGACAUUGAUUGAUUCCAACAAUUGUUUAUAUUAAAACAGACUAUUAUAAA